CAUGUAUUGUCUACUGAUCUUUCUAGCUCUCUUCAACAUAAAUUUAAGUUUAACAACUCUUGAACAAAAAGGAAUAGACUACUUUGCUACCAACGUCAAAGUUACAUAUAACGUUAAAGAUAAUAGACCUCCCAAUACCUUCGAUGCAGAAAUUAUAUUGAAGAAUGAUGGAAUGCAAAAUAUAAGUGGAACAUGGCAUUUAUAUUUUAGUCAUGUUCGAUUAAUUACAAAACAAAAUUUUACGCAUAAUAUUCCAAACAUUGACUUAGAACUGGAUCAUAUCGACGGCAGUCUUUAUCUUAUUAAACAAAAAAAUAUAAAUUAUAUUCUACAAUCAAAUAGUCAGAUAAGUUUAAAAUUUAAACCAAGACUUUGGCUUGUAGCUAGAACCGAUAACAUGCCUAAUUGGUAUGUUGUCAACGAGAAUUUAUUACCUAGAACUAUACAUUCUACUAUCAAUGAAGAUUUAACUUUUACUGGACCUUUUGACAAGCCAGAAAAAUGGAAAAGAUCUACUCAAGAUAAAUAUGACCCUUUUAAUGCCGCUAAAAGAUUUGACAACUAUAUUGACAACAAAGGAACAAAGGGAAAAAUAGUAAUACCAACUCCAUACCAACAUAAGAUACUCGAAGGUGAAAUUAAUUUGGAGAAUGAUGAAUGGGUUAUCGUAAAUACACAUAACGAAUUUCAAAACGAAGCUAACUAUUUAUCGAAGAAAUUGAAUAUGAAAGUUCUGAAUAAUAAUAUUGGAAUAUCAUCUUUCUACAUUGAAUUCACCAAGUUUCCUUUCAUGGUGAGUCCCUCACUUGAAAGAAAGGAAUCUUAUGGCCUAAUCGUCGAUCCUGACAAGCUGCUCAUCAGCAUUAUUAGUGAUGAGCCUGUUGGUAUAUUUCAUGGUGUUCAAACGUUGAUAAGCAUACUGGAAAGUUAUAAGGCCGAAAACGAAAAACGUGGGAGGAUACCUGCAUUGCAUCUGGCAGAUGGACCCAGGUACCCCUAUAGGGGACUUCACCUCGAUGUUUCUAGGAACUUUCACGACGUUCAAACAAUUAAAACUAUUUUGGAGACAAUGGCUAUGUAUAAACUAAAUAAAUUUCAUUUCCAUUUAACUGACGAUGAGGGAUGGAGAUUGGAAAUACCCGGUAUUCCCGAAAUUACUGACAAAGGUGCUAAAAGAUGCCAUUCCAAAAAUUUUGCUGAUUGUAUAAGUCCUCAAUUUGGGUCGGGACCAACAUCUUCGUCAUCGGGUUCUGGAUAUUAUACCGUCGACGAAUAUAAGGAUAUUUUAACAUAUGCCAAAGAGAGGCAUAUAGAAGUUAUUCCUGAAUUUGAUAUGCCUGGCCAUUGCCAUGCCGCUAUUCAGUCCCUAAAGAAUCACUUAACCUAUGCCUUAUCAGAUCCCGAUGAUACUUCUGAAUACCUAUCAGUUCAAUAUUAUAAGGAUAAUGCAGUUAAUCCCUGUAUAAAUUCAACUUAUGCAUUUGUUGCAAAAGUUGUGGAAGAAGUGAAAAGAUUACAUCAAAAUAUUCAACCCUUAAAAGUGUUCAAUAUCGGUGGAGAUGAAGUUGCUAAAUCAGCUUGGAUCGGCUCUAAAAUCUGCAAAGAGAAAUAUCCAAACACAACAAACGUUGAACUAAAGAAAAUAUUUAUGCAAAAGGUUUCUGAAAUUGUAAAAAAUGAGAAUUUAGAUUUGGCUGCGUGGCAGGAUGGUUUAAUAGAUGGCGUUAAACCUUUUCCUAAGGACGAUCUUGCAAAUGAGAAGAUUUAUGCUUAUUUAUGGGACAACAUAUGGGAAUUCGGAAAAGCAAAUUUAACCUACGUGUUUGCGAAUAGUAAUUAUAGUGUAGUUUUGUCUCAUGCUACUCAUCUUUAUUUUGACCAUCCUAAUGAACCUGAUCCAGAGGAGAGAGGAUUUUAUUGGGCAACUAGAUACACCCCAAUCGAUAAAGUGUUUGCUUUCAGACCUGAUAGCGUUUACGAUAACAUAGAUGUUAAUAGAAAUGGUGACCCUAUUGUUAAGGAUCAAUUCUGUCAAAAUGGAGUAUGUGUCAAUUUAACAAAACCCGAAAACAUCGUUGGAAUGCAAGGGCACGUUUGGAGUGAAACCAUAAGAACGUCUAAUCAAUUACAUUCCAUGCUCUAUCCAAGGCUUUUAGCUUUAGCCGAGAGAGCAUGGCACAAAGCUGAUUGGGAACAAGAAAAUGUCAAGGAUGAAGAAAAGAAAAGAAAAGAGGAUUGGUCAGAAUUUGCUCAUGCUCUUGGAAACAAAGAAUUAAAGAGAUUAGACAAAAUGAAUAUUCAUUAUUAUUUGAACGUUCCAGGAGCUAAAGUUGAUGGUGCUAAAUUAAAAGCUAGAACAACCUUUCCGGGAAUGCCAAUCAUGUUUAAACAAGGAGAUGAAAAUUUGCAGCUAUACAAGGAAAAUAUUCAGGUCAAAAAUGAUAAAACUAUAACCUUGGUCACUGGGUAA